AGGUGCCUCAGCCGAGGGGUGAGAGGAGCGAGGGGCGUAAUUUUACAAACUCCAAGCAGGGAACUCGAGUAGUCGACAGUGCUGGCUAUGUUCACGGUAUCAACACACCAAAUAUCCUCGGUGUUUAUUCAUGGAUUUUAACCGUACUUUCCUGGAAUUUUUGGAUAAUUUUUCUGGUGAUUUUUAUCAGUGUAGUCACAAAGUUUGAUUCUUCAAGUACAGUGUGAUUGUUUUUAAAAAGUGUGUGUCAACAAUGAUAAUUCAUUGGCGUGAUUUAAAACGUGUCUAGGUGUGACUGCGCAAUCGCCAUCAAGAAGAUUGAUAAAUCAAUAAAUAUCCACCAAGGAGAGAAAAAAAGGAAUUGCCAAGUUAGAUGAUGAUAAACGGUAUCGAGAUGCAGCAGCAACAGAAUGUCCAGCAGCAGCAACAGCUUCAGCAACAAAACCAGCAGCAGUCGCAGGGUCAGCAGCAGACAACAGGCCAGCAGCAGCAAGCCCAACAACAGGGCCAGCAAGAGAACCACGGACAGCAAGUGGCCCAGCAGAUCGCUCCCCAGCAACAAAUACAACAGGUAUCUGUUCAACAGCAACAACAGCCGCAAAACCAGCAGCAAGGAAAUGCUCAGCACAAUGUCACUCAGGUUCAAGUGCAGUCCCAAGUCGCGGCGAGCAUGCCUCAGCAGCUCCAAGGGGCGGUAGCCGUGUCGAUGCAGCAGCACCAGCAACAACCGGGGGUCUCGAUGGCUCUGGCAGGUCAGCAGGGCGCGACGACCAUCACCACCAUGGCUGCUCACCCCCAGGCAGUCCAGGUGAUCCAGCAGCCCAUGCAGAGCGGAGCUUACCAUCUCCAACAGCUUUACAACACUCAGGGAACACCAAUGCUUCUGCCUGGAAACCUGGCGCUUCACUCAAACCUCAACCCUUCCUCAAUCCAGGUCAUCACUGCCGGUAAACCGUUUCAAUCUGCUGGACAGUUGACUCCUCACAUGCUAACCACUGCGUCCACUCAAGGACAGCCUGGUGGUCAUGCUGGACCUGGAGGUAAGGUUCAAGGUUUUCCAGCUGGCUACUUGCCUGUGCCCACUUCCAAUCCUGGGGGAGGUCAGACCCUGGUUUUUGGGCCCCUGGGUGUUCUUGGAUCGCCUCAGCCUCAACAGUCUCUUCAGCAACAGCAACAACAGCAGGGAGGCAACAAAGCUGAUCAAGUACAAAAAUACACAACGUGCACAGCUGGUACACAAAAUGCAGCUCGAGGAGGUGGAAUGCAAUUUGCACCAUGGCAAUUUACACCGCAAGUCGCGUGGGCCGGAUUACAACCACCGGGUACGACACUCCUCGCUGCACCUAAUCAGAUUUUUAUUAGAAGUCCCACGCAACCAGAAAUGUACAUACAAAGCCCGCAGCCAAUCCAGGCUCACAAUGCUAUAGCAACGCAGCAGCAGCUCCAGGGCGUUCAGCAGAUUGCAGCGGCCAGUGGAAAACCUCGAGUGAUGGACAUCCAGCAGCAAUCUCAGCAAGCUGGUAAACAAGGUGGUAGCGGACAGCGUCCUCUCAGUAUCUUGCCUUCCUCUCUUCAAGGUGUCCAGGGUGCUAACAUACGACCGGCUAGCUCGGUUUCUACGCAAACGGUCCAUGGAGUACAAACAACGGUACAAACACAGAGCGGCAAGGGCAGUGGGAGUGGUGGUAAAGGCCGUGGUAAGCCGGUGGUUCGCACAAGUCCCGGAACAAAUGCCUCACAAGGCACAACAAAAGCCGAUGCAGCCAAUCAAACGAAAUCUAAUGUCCAUCACGCUACAAUGAUAAUGCAACAACAGGCCAAUGCUACAAAUAAUAACGGAAACAGUAACAAAGUACUUAUAACAACGAAUUCACCGGUGGUUACUUCUGCGCAACCACCUGGCUCACCUAUGUCCACUGCUGACAAACAAAACUUUGGGCAACAAAACAAAACAGUAAUGCAAUCACCACAGCAGCAGCAGCAGCAGCAGCAGCAGCAGCAACAACAACAGCAACAGCAGGCCCAGCAACAGGCUCAACAGCAAGCCCAGCAACAGCAACAGCAACAGGUCCAGCAGCAAGCCCAGGCGACCUUGCAGACCUCUAAUCAACAGUACCAACACAUGAUCAUGCAACAGAUGCAAUUGCAGCACCAGCAGUUCCAGCAGCUCCAGCAGCAGCACCAACAACAACAACAGCAGCAGCAGCAGCAGCAGCAGCAACAGCAGCAGCAGCAAGCCCAAUCCACCCAGCAACAGAUACAACCGAAGCCGCUGAUGGGUAUGUCACCUCAACGUUUUUCCUACCCUCGUUUCAUGAACGGUGGCAUUAACUUAGGCAUGUGGUGUCCAGGCAUGGCUAUCCAGCCAUCUCAGCAACAGCCUGGCGUCGUUCUCGGAACCGAAAGACCCAUCAUGCCGGUAGUGUCAAUGGGUGGAGUUGGGGUUGGCGUUGCAACAACCUUGCAGAUGGGACAGGUCCAGCAGUCGAACAUGCCUGCGGUCCAGCAGCUGCCCAUGCCUGCAAUUAAUUCUGCGAUUAUUGGGAACCAAAUGGUUGGAGGAGCUCCCCAGGUCCAGGCGAUGCCGAUUCUGGCUCAACCCAGUGAAGUUCCUGCUCCACCCCAGGACAGCGCUAGCACUCCUAUGGUAGUUGCUAGUGAUAGGAAUCAAGCUACUGAAGGCUCGGUUGUGUUGCAGCAAAAUUGUGCUACUGAAGAAGCGAGACAGACUCCGAAGAAAGAGGAAGAAGUUAAAGAAGCUUCUGGUCCUAGUCAAGAUGAGUCUAAACAAUCAACUAAAGAAGAAACUGCCGCUAAAACUGAUGAUAAACUUUCCAACAACCCGUUGGUUAAUUUAGCCAAUGCUGUAAACUCAAUCACCAAUGGAAUUACUGAUGAACCAGCAAAUGCUGUAUCGACUCCGACAUCGAGCGGCAAACAAGCUCUUCCAAAGGCUUUGGUUAAACCACAAGUCCUGACUCAUGUUAUCGAAGGUUUUGUCAUCCAAGAAGCUUCUGAGCCGUUUGCAGUGAAUCGAUCCACGCUAAACGGAUCAGUCACCCAAGAAUCGAAUCUAUUAAACAGAAACAACAAUAUUAAUGAAAAAGACUCCCAUGAAGAACCUCCAAGUAAGAAAAGGAAAAAACAUACUGCUAAUUACUCCAAUGAAAAUGAGACAAUGUCCAAGUGCGAAGCGUGUGGUAACAACUUUGAUGAACAUACUAGUAAAUUCAAGAAAGAUAAAAGAUUCUGUUCUUCAAUAUGUGCAAAGAGUAAAAAACGUGAGACGCGUGAUCGCGAAGCUGCGGAUAAACAGUGGACGGACAUGGAUGUUGAUAGCAAGAAAGAUGAUCCAGCGAAGAAAAUUGCUGAAGAAAAAUCAGUUCUGCCUAUUGAAGAUCUUACUCCUAAAAUUAAUCCUAUCAAAUGGACGGUCAACGAAGUGUGCGACUUUAUUCGCAACUUACCAGGAUGUUCAGACUACGCAGAGGACUUUGCAAUCCAGGAGAUCGACGGUCAAGCUCUGAUGUUGCUCAAAGAAGACCACUUGAUGUCUGCAAUGAGCAUCAAACUAGGUCCAGCAUUGAAGAUAGUCGCUAAAAUAGACUCUAUGAGAAUAGACAACAGUGUUAGCACCUCACCCUCGUCAAAUAGCUCAUAAAUAUCCAUUCCGUCCUGGAUUAUAAUUACUUGAACAAUUAUUCUAUUGUGUACAAACUGCUACGUAUAAGACAGAAAUGAAGACACUAUCGUAUACGGUAUACUCAUGUCCG